CGCCAUCGCGCCAAUAGCAUUAGCUUGCUUCACACCCAACACGACGCCGUAAACUACAUUAAUCCCCCCAUUUCUAAAUCCUUCACCUCUAAGCUCUCAGAUUCGUCACUUCAGCUCCUUUUUCUUGCUUUAAUCAUAUCGCUGAUCUUUCCAUUUCGUGUCACUUGGAUUUGGCUUUAUCUGAAUUGGUGAAAAAUGUUGUCCUUCGAAAUGAAUGAUCGGAAAAAGAUUGGGCUAGGAUUGACGGGAUUUGGAGUGUUUUUCUCAUUCCUUGGGAUUGUUUUCUUUUUCGACAAGGGACUAAUUGCCAUGGGCAAUAUCCUCUUCAUCUCAGGGGUGGCACUAACCAUUGGUCUCAAGUCAUCAUUGCAGUUUUUCAUGAAACGUAGUAAUUACAAGGGAACCAUUUCAUUUGGUGCUGGAUUUUUCUUUGUUGUCAUUGGUUGGCCUAUACUGGGAAUGAUUCUUGAGGCCUAUGGAUUUGUCGUACUCUUCAGUGGUUUCUGGCCAACACUGGCAGUUUUCCUGCAAAAGAUACCUAUUAUAGGCUGGAUCUUUCAGCAGCCUUUUGUCAGAUCGUUCUUUGACCGCUACCGUGGAAAACGUGUUCCUGUUUAAACCCGUCGGAAUGGUGCAAAUGAAAUGACACCAGUUAGUCCACUUGUAAGAACUGUAAAGUACCAUGUUUCUAGAAUUACAUUUAGAAAGGUGAUCAUCAGUACAAUUUGUUCUCCUACGUUGAGAUUGGCAUUUUUAGUGCCUAAUGCAAUUCUUUCGAAUGCAAUUCUUUUCUGGUCAUCUUAGUAAAUGAUGAGUCUUAAACCUUUGUCUAUACAUCUAGAUAGUGCAGUUUUUGUCUUA